AUGCCCUCGCUAUCGGCACAUUUGGUGGAAGACUACGAGAAAUCAUUUCCUCAACAAAUUGUACAAAGCGGCGCGAUGGAAUACAACGCCUACGCGCACGGACACAACCGGCCCUCGAUUGCACCCUUUUCUCAGUUUUCAGAGACUGCUGUAGGCAAUAGCUCGCUCAGCGACGCGUCGUUCGGACAGGCCAUGCGUAACAUGGCGGUUGUCCGAUCCGAUACUGCUGCUCCAAUGAAUUUUCAGCAAAUGAUGGCAUUCCAACAGCAACGUGAAGAGGCCCAGGCGCUCCGAACAGCCGCUCAACUUGCCACACUUCAGGCGAAGCUCAAUCAGAAACUUGGACCGGAAUUUAUCUCCCAGCGACCUGGACCGGGUGGAGGUCCGAAGCUUACGUAUGUGGAAGGGUGGAAAGCGAUCAACAUUGCCAACGAGGUGUUUGGUUUCAACGGCUGGAGCUCAAGCAUCACCAAUCUCACCGUCGACUAUAUUGACUAUAAUCAAGAAACCCAGCGAUACAACGUCGGAGUGUCUGCCAUUGUCAAAGUAUGUCUGCGAGACGGUGUGUCCCACGAAGACGUUGGUUAUGGCCAAGUAAUCAACGUCAAGAACAAGGGAGAGGGUCUGGACAAGUGCAAGAAGGAGGCAGUCACAGAUGGCGUAAAGCGAGCACUGCGAAACUUUGGCAACGUCCUUGGAAACUGUAUCUACGACAAGGAUUACACGAACCAGAUCCUCAAGAUGAAAGCUCCUGCUCCUCCCAAGCUGGGGCAGCAAGAUCUUCACCGUCGCAAGGAGUUUGUAGAGACAUCUACUGCCGCUGGUCUGAGCAACCAGCAUCCCCCAUUAGCUCCUCCACCAGUGCCUUGUCCCAAACCGCAAAUCCCAGUUCGGCACCCUCAAAAUCCAAGUCCCCAGCCCGUCGCCUCGACAUCCAAAGCCGCUGCGCAGAUACCCGCCGCUUCUAAUAUCAAACGUGCCCCGACAGACGAAUCGCUAUACGCCAUGGGGUCAGACGACGACUCUAUGUUCACCGAACUGUCGAUGGAUGAGUGUAGCGGGAUCAACUUUGCUGACCGCUCCCGCAUACACUCAACCUCAUCUGUGUCUACCUUUGACCCUGCUCCUCGAGCUGUGCCAUCUUCUGCGGCUGUCAAGGCAGCCCCAGCACCGGCACCAGCAUCGUCGAAUCCGGUAGCAGAUGUGAAGCCAUCGACAUUGGCAGUAAGACCAAAUACUGCGUCUUCAAGCAAGCAACCUAUGGAGAGUUCGUCCGCAGCGAGCAAGGGUUUGGAGACAAAGAAUAACAUUCUCGCCGGUCUUUUGGAGAUUGGCCCACUCUCUCAGUCAAUAUUCCCUUCCCAACCUCCGAAACGACCCUCGUCGGGUGGUGGCUUCGUGAUCCCUCCUGGGGUGACCCGACCUCAGCGACCAGCGAGCGCCCAAAGGGUGCAAGAACAGAGGCCAAUUAGUGGAAUCGGGAGUAAGAGAUUAGCUGCUGAUGCGUUCAAGCCGAGUGCAAAUCUGGCUUCGAGUGCCAGGAGCGCACUGAGCGAGCUCGAGGUGGAAAACGAUGGCUCUGUCAAGCGACCACGGCUCAACUAA